AUGAAUAUCUUGAAUUCCAACGGAGCGCUGUUAGCUAUUGAGACAAAUGAUGAAGAUAUGCUAAGAAUGAUACUGUCCAAAACAGACAUACCAUUUGGUGUCCGGAUCAACGAUGCUUAUCUGGAAGAGUGGACACUACUUGAGUUUGCCCUAAUGCUUGGUCAUCGGCACUGUGCUGAAGUAUUAUUGCAAAGUGGAGCUACCAUUAAUGUUGAAUUAUAUCCGUUAGAACGUCGUUUGCAACAAGUUCAAGAAAACGCCCAACUUAUUACUGAAGAAAUUCGAUUUUUAUGGAUUACCAACGUUCAAAAUGAAGACAAACACAUAAAAUAUUUAGAGAGACGUCUAUCACAAAUGGAAAAAAUGAAGGCUGUUUUGAAAAAUGCUUUUGUUCCUGGACCACCAAAUGACGUUGAGGCAGUUGUUUCAGCAUCAGAUCAGCUAACAGUAACUUGGAAAGAUGUUCACCAACAUAAUGUGGAUCUUAUUAUAAACUACAAAAUUGAAUGGAGCUUAUGCGACGAUUUCAACAGUAUUGAAGGAAGCUUGCUUGUGGACACUGUUCUGAGAAACUAUGCAGUGAUAUCUGAUUUAAAACGUGGGUUGAGAUAUUCUGUGCGCGUUAGUGCUGCAUCUAUUGGAGGCUUUGGUCAUCCAACUCUAGCAACACCUCAUUCGCUACUGAUUUCAAUGUUUCCCAAAUCAAGUGGAAUAAGCGACAAGAAGAAAAGAAGAAAUAUAAGAAGUCUUUUUGUUAGCGGUUUUCAAUCUCUUAAAGUUAUUCAGAGGGGUAUCUAUUUAGUAAGUAUCAUAUACUCACAAAUGAAAGUAUGUACUGUUGAAGAUUGCCUUCCAGUUAUUCUUGUCGAUCAAACCCAGUUUUGCAUCGAGAAAAAUGAAAUGUACUGGGCGAUAAAACUGUCAUUGGCCUGGGGUGAAAUACAGACUUUACAGGAAGCAAAUAAUUCAAGCUCGCCAAAUUUUCGUAGUAAAUUCAUUGAUGCUGCAAUAGAAAUGCAUACGGCUCUUAGAGUAAAAGAUAUCGGAAGAGUGUAUUAUCAGCCAAUUGUAGACGAAAUAAAUUCGAUUUCUUUUAUUGUUACAGUUCGUUUUGUAAACGGAUCACAAAACGCUCAGGGUCUGACAACAAAAUGGUUGCCUCUGAGUAAAAUAGUUCGCAAAAGAGGAGCUUGUCGGGCGAUGGAUGUGUUGUUGGCAGAAAUUUUUAAGAUUAUCAAUUUUUUCGAAUCUUCACAUGUACGCCUACGAAGAGGACUGUAUAUAUAUAAUCCACAUAUAACGAAAGAAGAAUGGGAUCUGUUACGAUCUGUUGAUAUUAAAGUCUCAAAUUCGCUAACUCCAGUGCAGUUUGUUUUUUACACCGCCCUUGUUAAAGCAGCAUCUCGCUUACUUAUUGAUCUCGAGAUUGACAUUAAUUUCAUGCCAAAUCAGCGCAUCUAUCGUUUACAAGUUUUUCAGCCACAGUUCGAUGUUUCCUUCAUAAUUCUAUUACCAAAAAUCGAAGACGUCUGUACUGUGCGAAGUUAUUCAUUAAUAUCGUCUGUACAGAAAGGUUGCUUCACACUUCCACUCCAAGUUUUUGAAGCGAUUCAUUUGUGUACAUACAAUCCAGACUUCAUUGGUACCUAUUGCCGGCUUUCAGUUUUUAUCGAACACUUUUCAACGUACAUACAAUACGAACAGAGGAACAGUUUGCUGGAGAAAGAUAUUAAUAUUUACGCUGAUGUACUUUCAAAAUUGGACGAGUUUCGACACAGAUUAGAAAGCACUUGGAAAUCAGUAAGGUGGAUUGGUGAUGUUGCUUCUAUCGCACGAGAUAAACGUACGAAAGGUGUUGUAUCAAUGAAACGUUUGUUUGCAGUUAGCAACGGAAUGAAUGACGAAGUUCGUCACAAUGAACAAGGAACAACAAGCGACAAACAAGAUUCAACGGACUCAAGUACAUUAUAUUUUGAUUUUUCUUACAUGUGGCCACAAAGCAUCAUCUCAUCAACCAAUUCGCUCACUGGACUUUGGCUCCGCAAUUGUUCCCAACCAAAAAAAACCCCAACCACAAGAGUAAUUAAAGUUCAUGCUGCUUACCAAUGCGGUUUCACUUGUUCAGUCCGUCUUCAGAUAGCACCAACAACUACUGCUAGCGAGAUUGUUGCCUUGGUUACUGAACGAUUAGCCAAAGCAGCUACAGAAUCUGGAAAAAGGUUCGAAUCCAAGGACCCAGAAGAUUUUUGCUUGACAGUAGUCGUCGGGUCCCGAGAACGCAGACUACGAGAUGAUUUUCCACUCAUGAAAUUGCAGAAUCCCUGGGGUGAUGGACGUCUGUUUGUAAGACGUCGCGACAGUGUCCUGGCAGCUUUGCAAAGAGGUAAUGAAACAGCUGUUUGA